AUGACGCCCAUAGUCGAGCACCGUCCCCCGGUGGACACGAUCGGAGAGUCGGAGACCUUCACCGACAGGCCGACGAGGAAUGGCAAGAGAAUGUUCUACGAGCUGAAGGUCUUGCAACAGCCCGAGCGUGCGCGUGCUUGUGGUUCCGGCCAAAAGUCUGCCGCUGACCGUCGCCCUGUCGACCCACCUCCCGUCGUGCAGCUGCACGUUUACGAGGGCCCUACCAGGGAGGAAGCCCGCGAUGUCACCUUCAUUUACAGGGCAAACUUCUUCCUCUACGCCGAACUCUGCCCUGCUCGCCCCAUGGCCCAUGGACGCGUCAACACUCCCGCCGCGACCUCGGCUCCCGUCUUGACCGGCAUGCCCGUCUCCGGAAUGGCCUACCUCGACCGACCCAGCGAGGCCGGCUACUUCCUCUUUCCCGACUUGUCAGUUCGCCACGAGGGACGCUACGUCCUGGCCUUCCACCUUUACGAGGAUAUCAAGCAGGAGGAGGAUCGCGACCCGGAUGGUGACGCCGCCGACGAGGCCCUCAACCCAGCUUUCAUGUACAGAUUGGCAGUCAAGUCGGUUCCUUUCAACGUAUUCAGCGCCAAGAAGUUCCCUGGCCUCACGGAGAGCACGAGCCUAAGCAAGACCAUCUCGGAGCAGGGAUGCCGUGUGAGAAUCCGCCGCGACGUCCGUAUGAGGAGACGUGAUGGCAAGCCGGCCGGAAACGAUUUCGAGAACAACCCGGAGAACGAGUACAGGAAUGGCAGGAGGACGCAGACGCCCGAGAUCCGCAGCAACGCCGAGCAAUUCCGAGCUCGAUCGACGAGCAACAGCAGCGAACACCGCGCCACAUACCCGCCUGCCCCUGAGCGGAGGCCUUCCGCCGUUGAGUCGUCGUUCCAGGCGCCGCCGCCGCCACCGCCGCCGCCCAUGGCAUACGGCCCGGCACCGCCGUCGACCAAUGUUCACCUGCGGUUCGGGUCCGACACGUCGUCCAGCGCGCCAUACCCCCCUCACCAGUACCCUCAACCUUCAGCGCAGCCACUGCCCAUUUCGCCCACGAACACUUCCUACCAAUCCAACCAGCCGUCGCCGUACCACUCAGCCUCCAGCUACGGCUACAGCCGGCCCAGCUCUCAAUACGCCACGAGCAACCCGCCGCCAACGCCCCGUGAUGUGUACGACAGACGCCCUUCUGCCAUGAUCGUGCCGCCAUCUCCCUCCGUCUACGGCUCGGCGCCCGGCUCCAAGGACAUGGACAUGGCCAGACGCGAGUCCGAGUACAGGAGAGAUUCUCUGCCUCCCAGACAGUUGGCUCCCGUGUCCGACGCUCCCCCUCAGAUGGGUACCAAGCUGCCGCCCAUGCUUCCUUCUAUCGAGAGGCUCACGGCACCUUCCCAUUUGGCCAGCCGCACGGAUUACAUCGAGGCCGCACCUCCCUCGAUGUACAACCCGGUGCCCGAGAUUGCUCGUGCCGGCGCCAAGCGUGGGUACGGGGAGACGUUCUCCGAGGACACGCGCUCCCUGUACGACAGACAACGCCCGCAAGAGCCUCACCACAGCACCUACAACCUUUACCAUCCGACGGAGAUGCAAUACAAGCGUGCCGAUGGGUCGCAUAAGCUCAGCCAAAGCAACUCGUUUGUGCCUUGA